AUGCUGGUCGGCAUCAUCCUCGGACCAGUGGCGGCCAAAUUCCUAGACAACACGCGGUGGGGACCGGGGUCGCUCAGUGAGCAGGACAAGAGCGCCAUCACGCUCGGGUUCAUGAGGGUCAUGAUCUCGGUGCAGCUGGUGAUCGCGGGGUUCCAGCUGCCGGCCAAGUACGCGGUCAAGAGGUGGAAGGACAUGGCGGUGCUGCUGCUGCCGACCAUGACCAUCUCGUGGCUGUGCACGACGGCGUGCCUGAUGGCGACGAUCCCCAAGCUGACGCUGCUGGCCAGCCUCGUGAUCGGGGCGUGCCUGACGGCCACGGACCCCGUGCUGAGCCAGGCCGUCGCCAAGGGCCCCUUUGCCGACAAGUACGUGUCGCGGCCGCUGCGUGAGAUCAUCAGCGCCGAGGCGGGGGCCAACGACGGCUUCGGCUUCCCGUUCCUGAUGCUGGCGACCUACCUGAUGCGCAACACCGAGUUCCCGGGCCUGGUGCUCAAGCCGGCCGAGGAGGGCCGCGGGGCGGCCAAGGAGGCGGCGGUCGAGGUUGCGCACCGGCUCCUUCGGCGGGCGGGCGACGUUGGGCGUCUGGACGGCGGCAUCGGGGCGGCCAUGAGGGACUGGCUGCUCGAGACGUGGCUGUACACGAUCGUGCUGUCGAUGGUGUACGGGGCGGCGAUCGGCUUCGGCGGCGGCAGGCUGAUCAAGUUUUGCCUGCGCAAGAAGUGGAUCGACGGCGAGAGCUACCUGCUGUUCCCCGUGGCCAUGGCCAUGCUCAUCAUCGGCACGGCGGGCAUGCUCACGACCAACGACCUGCUGGCCUGCUUCUGCGCCGGCGUCGCGCUCAACUGGGACGGCGAGUACCUGGCCGAGACGGAGGAGCGCCACGACGAGGUCAACUCGUGCAUCGACGUCCUGCUCAACUUUGCCGGCUUCAUGUACGUCGGCGUCAUCAUGCCCUGGGCCAAGUUCCACGAUCCCGAGGGCACCGGCAUCACCCUGCCGCGCCUGAUUGGCCUGGGUUUCAUGGUGCUCUUGUUCCGCCGCAUCCCCGCCAUCAUGGCCACGUACAAGGCGAUGCCGACCUGCUUCGGCCCCAUCGGAGUCGGCGCCGUCUUCUACGUCGAGCACACGCAGCACCUCUUCCCGCACGUCGGCACCACGGGCGACGUGGUCAGCGACGACCUGAUCAAGGCGCUGGUGCCGUCGGUAUACUUUCUGGUGCUCUUCUCCAUCGUGGUGCACGGGCUGUCCAUCCCGGCGCUGGACUUUGCCUACCGCACGGCGGGAGUCAAGCCCAUCACCGACGACGCCGUGCAGCUCCGCCGCAAGUCGGCCGCCGUGGCCACGCCCGCCAACGCCCGCGUCGACAGCGCCGAGCCCGAGUACUUUGUCGCCUACAACCGCUUCAGCCGGCCCGUGCUCACCCAGGACGCCGCCGCCGCCGUGCGCUCCAACCGCCGCACCGUCCUGUUCAACGGCCAGCGCGUCGACGGCCUGCCCACCGCCAACAACAACAACAACAGCAGCAACAACGGCGCCUACUACCCGCAGCAGCCGCAGUACCGGCAGCAACAGCAACAGCAACAGCAGGCACCCCCCGGCAGCGCCAUCAUGUUUGCCCCCACCGACAUGCCAAAGACGCCCGUGGAUCAGAGGUCCCGCCCCGACUGGGAGGAGGACGUCGAUCCCAUCGAGGAGGAAAAGAUCCGCGCCCGUCUCCGGGCCGCCAGCCUGCAGAAGCUGGGCUAA